AUGAACAUUGGAGAAGUGACUGGAGAUGUAGCUGGGGAGGUGGCGCUCAUUGCUGAUGAGUUAAGUCGGGCUGUCGAGCUCACACUCAAUCCUGCUGUAUCACAUGAUGCUCGAAACCAAGCCUACAAUGCUUGUGAAAGUUUUAAAGAGAACUCUCCAUGGUGUGCUCAAGCAGGAUUGCUUCUGGCUAGCGGUAAUCAGUACUCGGCUGUUGUUAAGCACUUUGGUCUACAGUUAAUGGAACACACUGUCAAGUAUAGAUGGACACAAAUAACACAGGCUGAGAAAAUAUUUAUUAAGGAAAAUGCUAUGAAGCUUCUGUACAUGGGUGGAUGGGAGACGGGACACCUAAACGAUGCACUAGCUCGGGUUAUAGUAGAAAUGAUCAAGCGUGAGUGGCCACAGCAAUGGCCCACACUACUCUCAGAGCUUAGUGACGCAUGCGCUCGUGGACAUCUGCAUACACAGAUUGUGCUGCAUGUGUUUUUGCGUCUGGUUGAAGAUGUUGCUACAUUACAGACACUGGAACAGCAUCAACGCCGCAAAGACAUUUAUCAAGCACUGACGAGCAACAUGGCGGAGAUAUUCGCAUUUUUCAUGCGUCUGAUCGAGCUCCAUGUUCAAGAGUUUCGGGAGAAGACCGCGGCAGGGGACUAUGGAGCAGCAGCUAGCAAUGGCCGUGUUGUGCAGGUUGUAUUACUAACUCUGACGGGUUUCGUGGAGUGGGUAUCGACGAAUCAUGUGGUGAUGAAUAAUGGUCGCUUACUGCAGAUAUUAUGCAUUUUGUUGCAAGAUGAUGUGUUCCAGCUGCCAGCUGCAGAAUGCCUACUGCAAGUUGUUAAUAGGAAAGGCUCUACUAAGGAGCGUAAACCAUUAAUGAUAUUAUUUAGUGAAGACGCAAUCACAUGCAUCCACCGUGCAGCGCUCUCUAGCAUCGCCACUGUGGAUGAGAAACAGUACUUGUUCCUGAAGAAACUCUCACAGGUUUUAGCAGGCUUAGCACAACAACUGACUACAUUAUGGAGCAAUGCAACAAAUGUUGACGCUUGGCUGCCCGUGCUAUUAGAGACUAUGCUGCUACUUACUUCUCAUCCAUCUCUUACCUUGGCCCACACUGCUAAUUCAGUCUGGUUAGCCUUUUUGAAACAUGACCAGAUAUCUAAAUUGCCUCAUAUAAUGGCAGUAGUGCCUAGAUGGUUACAAGCUGCUGCUCCUAAAGUUUUAAAGGUGUCAUACCCAUCAUCUCGUAAUAACAAUGUAUCUGACGCUGUAGCAUAUGCUUGUAUGGACUAUGAUAGUGAACAGGAGUUUGCAAUAUUCUUCAGCCGCUGUCGGACGGAAAUACUAGAUAGCUUCAGGUAUUGCAUGAUGGCUGCGCCAUUAGUGACGUGGGCAUAUGUGGAGCAAUGGACACAAGCGGCUCUGGACAAAGUGGACACAUGCCCACCAAAUAUAGAAGCUUCCUACCCUCUUCACGUGGAAUGGGAGGCGCUAUCUCAGGUGCUGGACGUGGCGCUGUCGCGGCUGCUGCAGGCGGAGCCGCGGCCGUGCGUGGGCGCGGGGCUGCGCCUGCUGCAGCGCUGCGUGUGCUGCGAGCCGCGCGCGCCGCUGCUGCUCUCGCUGCUGCUCUCCUUCAUCUCCGCGCUCUUCGUCUUCCUCAGCUGCGCCUGCAGCCAGCUGGCGGGUCCGGGUGUUGGUAUAGCUGGAGCUGAUCUGCUGCUGCGUGUGUUGGACAAAAUAUUCGCGGCGCUGGUCUACGAAGGCUCACCGCCAGAAGACCGGCGAUCGCGCUCCGUUAAAAAUGUGCGGCGGCAUGCGGCUGGCUUACUCGUCAAACUUGGUUCGAAGUAUCCGCUGCUGCUGCUGCCGGUGUUCGGGCGGCUGCACGAGCUGGUGCGCGCGGCGCUGGCGCGGCCCGACCUCAGUGCCGUGGAGAGCGUCACGCUGCAGGAGGCGCUGCUGCUCGUCUCCAAUCACUUCUGCUGUUACGAGCGCCAGAGCGCGCUCGUCGCAGAGGUGCUGGGCGACUGCAGCGCGCGCUGGGCGGCGCUGGGCCCGCACGUGUCGUCGGCGGGCGCGCUGGCGCGGCUCGUGGGACUGGACGUGGCGCCCGCGCCGCUGCCGGCGGGCGCGGCCGACGCGGCAGACGACGAGCACGGCCGCGCGCGUCGCACGCUGCUGCACGCGCUCGCGCUGCUGCUGGGCGUCGUCAAGCGCACGCACGUGCCCGCCGACCCCGACAAAGCGUCGCGUGGUGGAUUCGGCGCGGGCGUGACGGCGUCCGGCAACCCGGUGUGGCGCAACCCGUGCGGCGCGCACGUGCUGCCGCUGCUGCCGCACGCGCUGGCGCUGGCGCGCGCGCUGCACGAGCUGCACGCGCCGCACGCCGCCGCGCUGCGCCACGCCGCGCACGCGCGCGCGCUGCAGCCGCCGCCCGCCGAGCGCCGCAACCUGCUCGGCCUGCGCGACGACGCGCCGCACGCGCCCGCCGCCGAGCCGCACGACCGCAUGCAGAACUACCUGCACACGCUGCACGACAACGUAUGCCACCUGGUGGGCGCGGCUGCGGCAUCGCUGGGGCGCGAACUGUACGCCGCGGCGGGACUGGCGCGCUGCGUGACGGAGUCGCUGCUGGCCGCGCCCGAGCACCUGCCCGACCACUGGCUGCGUCGCGUGCUGCGCGCCGCGCUGCGCCCGCUGCUGCACCACUGCCCGCCCGCGCACCACGCCGACGUCGCGCUGCCGCUGCUCGAUCGCCUCGCGCCCUUCAUGUUGGUACAUCUGUCACAAAGAUGGGACUAUGUCACAUCAUUGUACGAGUCUGGUAAAUUAGAGGAAGAGGGUGGCAGCGAGUCACAGGAGGUACUCGAAGACAUGCUUGUACGGCACCUCACAAGAGAACAUCUCGAGUUACUUAAGAUCUCGCUGGUGGAUACGGGCGUGGGCGGCGUGGGCGGCGCGGGUGGCGCGGGCGGCGGGUGCGGCGAGGCGUGCGACAUGGAGGAGGAGAGCGCGGCGCCGCAGCGCGCGCCCGACCACGUGUCGGAGCUGGGCGCGCUGGUGCUGGCGCAGCCGCUCGCCGGCCCCGCAGUGCUGCACACGAUACUGCGCGCGCUGACGUGGAACGACUCGACGUCAUCGUUGCGCGCGUGCGCGCUAGCGCUGCCCGCGCUGCGCGCUGCGCUGGACGCGGGGCGCGUGGGCGCGGCGGAGGCGAGCGGCGCGCUGGCCGCCGUGCUGCAGGCGCUGCGCACGCACGGGCAGCACGACGGCAACCAGGCCGCGCUGCUGGCGCUCGCCGUGCAGACGUACGAGACGCUGCGGCCGCAGUUCCCGGGCGUGGCGGGCGUGCUGCGCGCCAUCCCCGGCGUGGACGCGCACGACCUGCGCCGCCUCGACGACAAACUGGCCGCCGCGCACCCGCGCCCCGCCAAGAUCGACAAGGCCAAGCGCGACCUCUUCAAGAAGAUCGCCUCCAGGCUAAUCGGACGCAACGUCGGGCAGCUCUUCAAGAAGGAAGUGUACAUUUUGGACUUGCCUACAAUGCACGUCCCCAAAGAGAAGGCUCGAAGCGCACUCGACGGGCCCGAGGGCGCCGCACUCGAAGGACUGUUCGCGUCUCAAGCGCCCACGUAG